AUGAGCCAAGCCGAAAACCAAAUCCUGCCCGGACAAGAAGUCACCGUUGAGGAAAUAGACAAUAUUCUUCAAGAAGUUGCCUCACGUUGCCGAUUCUCCGGUCCGAAUGUACGCAGGAAAUACGCUGCUGUUGAUGUUGAUGAAGUGCUGGGAUCGCUGUAUCGCAGACUGAGCAGUCGAGAUGCGAAAUGGUUGACACGCAUGAUCUUGAAGUCAUAUCAUCCCGUGCAGCUCCCUGCAGAGUACUUUCUCAAAAAAGUACAUUUCCUCUUGCCUCACUUCCUUCUGUUUCAGGACUCCCUUGAAGCCGCGGUUGAGCUUUUAACGUCGCCUUCACUUAAGCUCUUCCCUCCGCAACCACAAUCAGACUUCGCCAACCUCUUGGGCGACAAAGCCCUAGAGCACCUUAUACACAUUGAUAUCACGAAGGGACAGGACUGCAUUCAGAUUUUCUCUAAAAGUGGCAAAGACUCGACUCUCGAUAGGGCUGGUAUUCACGAUGUCAUCAAACGUAGUCUAGCAAUUGGCGAACCUCAUUGCAAGGUUUCUCGGCGCUGUAUCCUGGAAGGAGAACUGCUUGUUUGGGACGACAGAGAUGGCAAGAUACUAGAAUUUCAUAAAUUGAGAAAGUUCUUGAGUCGUUCAGACAUAUUCAUUGGUACAGAACUUGAUUCACAGCCCAAACCAUACGAACAUCUGAUGAUUGUUUUCUUCGAUAUCCUGCUACUAGACGAUGACAUUUGCAUUAGUAAACCCCAUAGAUUACGAAGAUUAUUGCUCAAAGAAACAGUCAAAAUUACUCCCGGACGCGCCGAGAUCUUUGAACAAGAGAUCAUCGACUUUUCUCGUCUUGAUGCGAUACGACGUCUUCAGCAAGCACUGGCACGGAGUAUCGCUGAAAGAUGGGAAGGUUAUGUCAUCAAAGCAUGUGAUGAGCCUUACUUUUCUGUCCUAAUGUCAGAAAGUGCUGAUGGCUUUUGUCGAUGGAUAAAGCUCAAGAAAGAUUAUAUACCUGGACUUGGCGAUACUGUUGAUUUUGCCCUGAUAGGUGCACGGUAUGACGCGAAAGAUGCUCCUAUUCUAUCAACGAAGCCUCAACUCUCUUGGACACACUUCUUCAUAGGUUGUCUUGACAAUAAGGAAGACGUUAUUCGACUGAGUGCUUUGCCUCGAUUCCGCAUUGUCGAUAUGAUCGGCGCGCGCAGUCUGAGUGUGAAUGACAUACAAGUGCUCAAUCAGUGGGGCAAAUUUGUUGCCUGUGACGUUGAUUCAAACAGCACGUUUGACUGCUACAGUAUCCACAACUCUUUACCCAAUAUGGAUAUUGCGUUCAAGACUCCGUUUGUCGUAGAGUUACUGGGCAGCGGCUUUGAGAAGCCAAGCAACGCCCAGUAUUAUACACUGAGGUUCCCUCGAGUCCUGAAGAUCCACUGGGAUAGGUCGUUUGAGGAUGCCAUCUCAUUCGUUGAGUUGCAAGACCUGGCGGCGAAAGCACGUGCUGUUCCUGCAGACGAGUUGGAGGAGGAGAAUGCCGUAUGGUUUGAGAAGGUGGCUGGCACCAAUAGAAAGACUAAGUAUAUUGUAGACAAAUCUCAAACCACCUCAACAUCAUCAUUCACAUGCACUUCUCCUUUGUCCAAAUCACCCAGUCUUAUCUCUCUGGGCUUGACACCACCUUCUGUUAACCAGGCACCAGCCUCUUUGAUUAGAGGUAACAUGCAUAAUAGGAGGCCUUUCAGUCAGUCAUCAACUACUAGCUCACUUAAUAAAUGCAAACGCACAGCAUCUCCUGUUCAUCCUCUGAUGGCCUUGAACUCUGCGUCAAACUUGAACUUCACAUCGCCAAACUUACCUCAUGCAUUGCGCUUGAAGCGUCUCAAACUAUCUGCAACCAUGGAGCAUUCUGCAAUCAUGGAUUUGGAUCAAGCUCCUCAGUACUCUCUUCGAGCAAGAGGAAGCCCCAUCCCACGGGCUUGGGCUAGCAGCGUCGACAGUCACAGUGCAAAUCCUUCAUCUCAGCCUGGACAGACUCCCAGCGGGCUCGGUAGUGGUUUUACAACUCCCUUGAGAGAGAAUUCAAAUUUCCUAUCUCGUGAAAUUUCAACUCGAGCAGCAGCUACUUUCGAAGAGGCAUGGAAGUUCAUCGAAGAGGCACAAGCAGGGGCAGAAGAAAAGGUAGAAGAGGAGUCAGAAGAGGAGUUGGAAGAACUGGAAGAAGAGCUGGAACCAGCCGCAGGGUUGUGUCAUAUACCGAGUCCUGAACACGAACCAAUGGAUUUCGAAGUAUAUUUUGGAAUCAAUCCUGACGACGAGGCGCCUGUGUCUACAAGCGUUCUGCGAAACCACCCGAUAUCUCCACUUUCCACUGUUCCAAUCUAUUGUGGUGAAUCGGGUUUCCAAGAGGAUUCUUUUCGCAAAGCUCCACGUGAAUUCAUAUUCUCUGCAAAGCAUUUUGUGAAAUCACUGGGGUUUACACACACGCGUAGAAGACUUCGCCUGUCUAAUCCAUCUGCUGCCAUAAAUGGCAUGGCUUUGGGCAUUGUUUUGGUCGAUAUCAAAGACCCAUCCAGAGUCCUCGCUAUGCAGCUAUACGAUAUGGGUAACCUGCUGGCCGCUGAACUCUCUCAGCCACAACCCGCUCUCCCAACUCAGGGAAAGAUCUUCUUUCUUGACAGUCGCAUCCUCAAGGCUGGAGGUCAGGGUGGAAUCGACAACGAAAUGUUCACCUUGAACGACUGGUGGUCCAUAUACGGCACCCAAUACUUCUACGCUACGAUCUCAUGGCGCGAAGGUGGCAACGCAGCCCAGGUUGUGUCUGGACCUCGACGUAUCAUUGAUCAAAUCAAUGAACACACUACUAGAGCUUCUGCCCCUGGCGGUCGUGCAGCUGCGAGCAUCGUCAAUCUUUACGAACCCAGCGAAGUCGAAGCCCUCGGCGAGUUCGUCUCUGUCAAUCCUACGGUCCAUCUAGAUGGUGAUCGUUACUAUCGCCCAUAUCGUCCUGCUCGGCACGUUCCAGACGGCUAUGCCAUUCACAAUGGAUCGUAUCUCCCCAUUCCACGUGACGUUGGUCAGAUUGAUGGCUCGGUUAGCCGCUAUUCGUCUUCGGCAUUCGUCUAA